CAUUAGUCAUGUGACUAUGACUUGGGGACAUUAUUUGAACUAACACAUUGUUGCCAUUCUCGUUCGUCGAAGGUCAACUUCAACAACAAUCCGAUGUCAUGGAUGUUCAACAAGCCAUGAUUUCGUUAAUAUUAUGGCGUCUUUUCACGCAUCUGGAUGGGUCAAAAGAUUGCGAGCCAGGCAAGUAUCGCGUUGGAUUUCUUGAAGGACCAUGUCAUCCAUGUCCGAAGAGAUUGAACGAUUGUAAAUAUCAGGGCUCGGACGAAGAGAAAUGUAAACUUUCAUGCACGUCGAAAUUUUUGUCUACUCUGACGGCCAGCAAAAGCACACAUUCCAGUUCAUCUUCCUCAAGAAAACAAAGCAACAUUACGAUUUCCGUCUCUCAAGUUUCUAAGUCUUGGAUAACAUUUCAAACAGACCUGACGAGCAGCCCAACGAAUGAAUUGUCCUUGUCUUCAACUGACCUAUUGCUGCAAAUGAAUCAUCCUGCAACCUCAGAUACUACAAAGGUCGUCCUUAUCGCGGUUUUUGUCCUUUUGGCCAUCAUUAUCGUGAUGUUUGUGUUGGGUUGUAUCUACAAACAUAAACAAAAUGUAAAGACCGUAAAUGCGUAUAAUCGCACUAUCACUCCAAUUCCAAGGACAAUCUUCCAAAGAGCGGUGGUACCACAAACAGGAAGUGAAGAAAUGAUGCAUUCACGAGGAAACUUGGCAAACUAUGAUCAAUCUUCCUUCUGAACAUUUUGGGCAGCUUUAUUGUUAUCAUAGAAAAACUUAUGAGCGGUAUAUUAUAGAAACAGUAUUGCGUAUGCAUGAUCAUUACUAUCGAGCUUGAUUUAAUGAAAGUUCAUAUGAACAGGCAGACAAGGUAAGACGUAUAACUUGCUUAACCAGACCAAGUUGCCCUGAGCAUCGGUAUACGACGAAAUAUGCGAUCUGAGCUAGCCCAGGACGCAAAGUUUAAAUGAGUUAACUACAUGUAAUUUAUAUGUGAACAGGCGAUAUACUGAGUUAUUUCUUUUUGUUCUCGUACAUGUCUAUUUUCCAAAUCAUUCAAAAAGUUAUUGGAAAUGCGAAAAAAACAAAGAAGUUAGUUGUGCUAUUGGGAGACUGUUUGGCUGGUUAAUGCAAGAUUUUGUCUUGUUCAGACGAGGUCCAAAGAAACGGGCUGGUCUGCGUUUCUUACACUGGUUUUGGGAUCUUGUCUCGAAUGAACUGCCCGCCUGGAUCAUAUGAACGUGGUCUGCACCUGAAGAUGCAUUUUAUUUAUGAUUAUGAAUUAUUACAAAUAUAUAUAUAUUAUAUACAUCAUAACAUGCCGAUUUUGCAGUCGUUUCCUUCUCAGUAAGUCAAGGUGCUCAUACCACUAAAUUUACACAAGGACGUUUCCACAUUUCAGAGUUAACCUGAUUAGACUUAUAAAUCUAAUGUAAUUUUGCUGCAAAAGUUUUCACUGUACAUUUUUCUAUAACGGCUAACGAUCUUUGAAGUUUUCUUACAUAAAUUAAAAUUCCUCAAUAUUUGCCCUUGGAGGUAGUGUAGAACAUGGUUGUAAAUAAUAUUUUUGUUCAAACUCAUGGCAUUACAUUUUCACUUGAAUUGGGUGAUUUUGAUUUCUA